AUGGACGACAGCCCACAGUCGGAUUAUUACGCAACCGCGACGGACCUCGCCGCUUCUCAGCCAUCUGGAACGACGCCAUCUUCUCCCACGUCAUCCAUCGUCACCCCGCUACUCAUCUCCUUCGCCGGCGUCACGCUGACGCUCCUCGUCCUCCUCGCCUACCACUUCCUGAUCGUCAAGUUCUGCCUCCGCCGGCAGGGCGCCGGCGGUUGCGGUAAAAAGGGAGUUGACGGACGAGUCCUCAACGCGAUCCCGAUCCUGACGUACUCGAAGGAAGAUGAGAAAAAUAAUAACGGCGCCGCGACGACAACGGCGUCAGAUGACUGCGUGAUUUGCAUAGUGGAAUUGGAGGAAGGCGCGACGGUGCGGUUCCUGCCGAGCUGCGGCCACGUGUUCCACGCUGCCUGCGUUGACCACUGGUUCUCCGCUCACUCCAGCUGCCCAACGUGUCGCGCCCCGGUAGUACUCCCGCCGCCGACGCUGUCCGGUCGUCGUGAUGACGUCAUGAAACCUCGGGAUACUCGAAACGCCGCCGCCGGAGGUUGUGAUAGCCAUUAG